AUGAUCGCUGGCUCUGGCAGAUGGGUGUGGGCUCUUCUGGGCCUUCUUUCGGCUGUGGCCUGCAAGGAGCAGCCGUCGGUUUUCCGGAAUGGAAGAUUAAAGUUAGUUUUGGAAGCUCUGGAAACCAGUUGCGACGGCAAAAGCGUGGAGUAUUUCCGCAGGGUUUCCAGUGAGGGAUCACUGUACACCUUUCGGGUGGUUAAGCUGGCACCUGCCUUUACCAUUGACAUCGCUCUUCGGGUGCAGAAGUCGAAGCGGCUGAUGUACAAGCUGGACAACUUGGAUGGCUGCAAGUUCCUCGAGAAUCCGCUGGUGAGCAAGGUCCUUGGGUAUGUCUACAAGCGGCUGAUUGUCAACGGCCGCUUCUUCAAAUGCCCCAUCCAGCCGGGUGUCUACUUCCUGAAGAACGAGGGCACAGUGGAAAUCCUGCCCAGCUUUCAUCCCACGGGACGCUACCAGCUGACAGUGCGGCUCAAGAUGCCCAACAGUCGGGGCCCGUUUGUGAUGCAAAUGCUCUGGAUAUACAACAUUGUGCGCAUCAAAUAA